AUGUCUCACUCCGAUCAACAACUUGAUGCCCCCGCCCAGUCCCUUCAUGCAAUCAAUUUUACCUUGCCUGCAUUCUGGCAACACGCUCCAGAACUUUACUUCAUCCGCAUACAAUCCGCCUUUUAUUUGGCCAACGUUACCAAGGAGCUAGCAAAAUACCACAAACUCGUGGAGGUCCUCCACGCUAGUGUCAUUUCUCAAGUUCAGUCCUUGCUAUCUAAUCCUUCUGCAGAUGCUCCCUACUCCGCGUUAAAGGCAGAAAUCCUCCGACUUAAUUCUGUGUCUGACCGACAUAGGUAUCACCAGUUAAUUAAGGAGGAGUCACUGGGUGACCGGAAGCCCUCAGAGCUUCUACGUCGGAUGCAUUCUCUCCUUGGAGACAUGCAAGUUAAUGAUAAAUUUGUCAAGGAGAUGUUCCUAGAGCGUCUGCCCGCAGAUGUUCAAACGAUUCUGGCAUCUGGUUAUCAGAAUCUUACGGUAUCACAGCUGGCGGAGAUGGCGAAUCGAAUGAUAGAAGUGCAACGGUUCCAGUCACCUUCCGUUGCCCAGAUCUCCUCAUCUUCAUCGUCAGUGAAUGAAAAUCUAGUGAAACAGGUGUCGGCCAUGGCGGAUGGGAUGGCCUCCCUCAAAAUACAGCUCGCGCGCCUAACUUCCAGUCGCUCACGCAGUCGUCGUCGUUCUCGUUCGCGACCUCGGACUGCUGAUACUUGCUGGUACCACACUAAUUUCGGCGUAAAGGCCCGUCGCUGUUCCACACCUUGCUCUUUUAAGCCAAAACAGGGAAACCAUUCAGCCAGAGAAUAGAUGCGACCGUUUUCUCUGGCUCUUCCGGCUCUGGUCGCACCUUCUAUGUUUGCAACACUGCGACUCGCAGACGUUUUCUGGUGUUCACUGGAGCUCAAAUCAGUGUUGUUCCUCCAACUGCAGCUGAUUGUCGUUUCCCUAGCCCUGGUCUUCAUCUUCAAGCUGCUAACUUUUCCCUAAUUCCAACUUUUGGCAGUCUGUCCCUCACUCUGAACAUUGACCUUCGUCGGUCAUUAACUUGGAUCUUUGUGAUUGCUGAUGUCCCUCAUGCAAUCCUCGGCUCGGACUUUCUUGCCGAGUUUGAUCUCCUUGUUGACUGUCGACCUGCCUGUCUUCUCGACCGCACAACCGGUCUGUUUGUUCGUGGACUAACUCCCUUUACAACCCCCACAAACUUAUCUGUUUUGGAUACGGAUAUUGCUAGUCCUUUUCGGCAACUGCUUCUUAGUCAACCCAACAUAAUUAACCCCCAGUUUCGCAGUGGUGAGGUUAAACAUGAUGCUGUGCACCACUUCCGCACCUCAGGUCCUCCCGUGUUUGCUCGACCGAGACAAAUAGCACCGGAGCGUUUUCAAGCCGCGAAGGCGGAGUUUGAACACAUGCUGCAACUGGGAAUAAUUCGACCGUCCGAGAGCCCUUGGGCGUCCCCACUGCACAUGGUGCCCAAGGUGACAUCAGGGGACUGGCGACCCCGUGGCGACUAUCGUGCCCUCAACAGCGCUACCAUUCCUGAUCGGUACCCCGUGCCUCAUCUUCAGGACUUUGCUGUAGCCCUUUUCGCCAAAGCGGUUUUCUCAAAGAUUGAUCUGGUGCGUGCCUUUCAUCAGAUUCCAGUCGCCCCCGAGUACAUCCCUAAAACCGCCGUCACCACACACUUCGGUCUCUUUGAGUUCGUACGCAUGCCGUUUGGUCUUCUUAAUGCCGCCCAAACGUUCCAGAGGUUCAUUGACCAUGAUUUACGUGGCCUACUCUUUGUGUACGCCUACAUUGAUGACCUCUUGGUGGCCAGCCGGAAUGAAGAAGAACACAAAGAACAUCCUGCCUUGGUGUUUGACCGUCUUGACAAGUUUGGUGUUGUCAUCAACCCCUCCAAGUGCGUGUUGGGUGUGCCUUGGCUCGAGUUCCUUGGUCAUCACGUUGACUCUGAAGGUUUGAGUCCCCUCCCCUCCAAGGUUGAGCAGUUCGUAAUUUUCCUCCUCCAACUUCCAAGCGUCAAUUACAGCGAUUCCUCGGCAUGGUCAAUUUUUACCGUCGGUUCAUACCGAACUGUGCUGUCCUCAUGCUGCCGCUCACCAACAUGCUUUCUGGUCCCAAAGGUCCCCUCGAGUUGACUGGUGAAGCACUGGCUGCUUUUGGGAGAAUCAAGAAUUCGCUUGCCGAUGCCACCUUACUCACGCAUCCCGCACCCCAAGCUCAGCUGUCCCUGGUGGUAGAUGCUUCGACCGUAGCCGUAGGUGCAGUCCUUCAACAACACCUUGCUGGUUCGACUCAACCACUUGCCUUUUUCCCCGAAAAGCUCUUUUCAGCUGAGACACGCUACAGUACCUUUGGCGAUGAACUACUUGCCAUUUACCUGGCUGUGAAGCAUUUCCGGCAUUUCCUUGAAGGUCGUGGGAUAGGCAUGAAGACUAGACCAGACGACACCACAGCAUCCUAA